AUGUCUCCUAUGGGCGCGAGGAGUUCUGGUCGAGCGAGGUCUGUCGGACGCGUGGAACACGGACGUCGGAUCACGCAGAACACGAGCAGGAUUAACGGGAUCAGCGUGCACGUGAUGCGCGAAGGAGCUGGGCGUCGCGGCUGGGACCUGUUCACGAAGCUCAGCUGCGUGCGGUUGCGGGCCUGUGCUCUCCACUGCGUGCGUUUGGGCUCGGGACGGGUUCCGGUGACUUCGGCAAGCGGCGGCGAUUUUCGGCGACUCUUGGUGGCUGCGGUCGGCGGCAAGGGGUGGCUGGAUUAUUUGAUCUUUAAGGAUCGACCCACUUUUCUUCUCGCCCGGGGCUCGAAAGGGCUGUCGUCCAUUGGAAAAGUCCCCGCUGCUCAUCAUAUAACACAAUCGGCGCUGCUGCUGCUCGGAAAUGAAACCGACGACUGCUCGAUAAGAGCCUCGGGCGGCUGUUACUCGGACACCGGUGAGUUGCUCGCAAAACAAAGGCACACGACGGCGGCUGGUAACGUCUCGACGGUGGCUGGGAUUGGCAGCGAGGACGGCUCGCAGACGUGGAGACCGGCGAUGAGAGGAUGCUCGAUGGACAAUUUCGCGGCUGCUUGCUUACAGGCGACGCCGGCGGAUAGAGCUCGGGCCGUCGCUGACUGA